AUUCAUUUGUACAAGGAAAUGUUUGCCUUUUCGUUUUCUUAAUUGCUUUCGUAGCGUAGAUUUUGCAGUUUAUUUAGGGAUUUACAAUUGAAAGCAAACUAAGUACAGAUUUUCUACAAUAAAACGAAAUUAAAAUAAAAAAAUGCUGUCGGUACCGCAGGGUCACGAACACGAGCUGGAAGAUCUAGAAGUUAUUAAUAAGUGGUCGAAAAGAAUUGAUGGUGUUUUCAUGCCUAAAAAGUUUAAAGAUAUACAAGAUAAAGUUAGUGGUUGGAAGGUUAAUGAGGAAGAUGUUUGGGUAGUAAGUUUUCCAAAAACUGGUACCACAUGGACGCAAGAAAUGGUAUGGUUGCUACUUAACGACUUUAAUUAUAAAGCUGCUGAACAGAAUUUGAUCAAAAGAUCUCCCCAUUUGGAGGCGAGUGCUUUAGUUCGAGCUCCAUACGUAACGUUUUUCUCCCCAUUUGUACCGCAACCUAUAAAAAACUCUCUAAAAUAUGCAAAAACCCAAAAAAGCCCAGUAUGCAUUAAGACACAUUUACCAUGGAAUUUACUACCAAAAGAAAUUCAAAAGGAAAUCAAAAAACCAAAGAUAAUUUAUAUUUCUAGAAAUCCGAAAGACACCUGCAUAUCAUAUUAUCACUUUUCUAGAUUAAUCAAAGAGUAUAAAGGCACUUUAGAAGAAUUCUGUAACUUGUUUUUAUCCGGAAGCGUCAACUUUGCUCCAUUCUGGAACCACGUAUUGCCAUUCUGGAAAAGACAUGACGACUCAAACAUCCUUUUUCUAAAAUACGAAGAACUUAAGUCGGAUCUUCCAGGUGCGAUAAGAAAAACAGCGCAAUUCUUGGAAAAAGAUAUAACGGAAGAUCAGUUGGACAAACUCGUCCAUCAUUUAAGCUUCGAGAGUAUGAGGCAAAAUCCAGCAGUAAAUUACGAUUGGUUGGUAAAAUUAUCCCAUAUGUUCAAACCCGAUAAAGACAAAACUAAUUCGUUUAUGAGACAGGGAAAAGUGGGCGCAUUUAAAGAGACCCUGACACCAGAACUGAUUGAACGGUUUGACAAAUGGACCGCCGAAAAUACUAGAGGAACUGGUUUGACAUAUCCAUAAAUAAAAUCUGGAAAUUUUAUUUAUUUUCGUUUUCUAGUUUUUAAGCGUUUAUAAAAUUAUUUGGACACAAUUUCGAAUUUUUACUUUGAAAAAUAUCUAUUCGGAUAGUUAAAUAGGUAUUUGCUUACUUUCUUGAGAAAUAAGUUCAUUGUUUUUGAAUGUUAGGACUUAAAUAGGUACAUAAGUAAUUUUUCGAGUAAAAAAUAUAAUACUUGUUAAACUUUCCAAAAGUAGACCACAGAUAAAAAGCUUUCCCAUUAUAAAUCAUCAAUAUACCUAAUGAAUGACUAAGAUUAAUUUCAUUAGGUACCUACCCGUUGUUUCGUAAUAUAACUGAGAAAGUGCAAAUUUGUUAUGUGAUAUGCCAAACUGCCCCUUAUUUCUUUUGUAGCUUAGGUAGGUAGGUACUAGUUACUAUCAAACACCAAGAUAAUUGUAAAAAAAAUGAAUGAGAUAUUUUAAUAAAUUUUAUUUCAAAGGGUCCACUAUUAUAAAGGGUACCAUCAGCAGUUUAUUUAUUUUUAAACUAAAGUAUUGGGUAUUUGAGUUUUUUUAUAGUACCUAUACCAUGUUCAAAGUUCAAUCAACAAGUUUUCCUUGAGGUAGGUAUAGAAAGUUUCAAUUUGAUGUUGGAUUUAACAAAGAGCAUCGCAAAUUUGCCGAAAGAGUAUAUUUUUUAUCAAUAAAGUAUUCUUCAAUUUUUGAAAAUAUCUUAUUUCAUCAGCUUCAAUGAGAAAUUACGUCGAAGAUGAUGCGGCUAUCAUGGACUAUUCGAUUAUAAGGCACUAUGGCAGCAUGGUGGAUUUGCCGGAUUUUUUUCUCCAUAGGUACUUUUGAGCGUUCUAAAUAAAGUCAUAUGUUAACAACAAAUAAAUGACAAGUUGGAACUGUGAGAGCAUUAUUAAACGUUGAAACUGACACGAGUCUCAUGGAGUAUUAUCAUCUCGGCUUUAAAGGCUGUUCGGUUAUAGAGAACGGGCUGGCGCUCUGUACAGGAUUAUGCACUGCGCAUCGCUGUUAGUGCCAGAACCCUUCUGUUGGUACGCCAAUGUUUGGGAAUAAGCAAUUGAGUGCCGUACCUAAUUAUGUGCAUGUGGAAGCCUCAAAGUACUCAACCUUGGGUUGCGAUGGAAUUUCCUUUCCCUCCAUCAAGAAUAACUAAACAUUUUUUCUAUCAAAGUUGGCUUGACGCUUUCUCACUUCUUGGGGAAGUUUUGAACAGAAUUUUGAAGAAAUCCGUGAAGAAUGGGAUGUUAGCGCAAAUCAGUGUGUACAUUCUUUCAGCCGGUAUAGGUUGGUAAGGCCCUCAUCAGGUUUUAUAGUUUUAUGCAAUCCCAUUCGUCAGAUACUCCGUCAGGCGUGAAUAGAUCGCAGUGAUUCACGGUUGUUGAUUCUUUAUCUGGCGUUAGCCAGGUUGGCCUGAUAACGUUUUGCCUUUGCUCUCUGAGGUUUUUAUUUCUUGUUCAUUAAUGAUGUCUUAUCGUUCUUUCGCUUCAAUUGCUCAAUGAAUUAUCGAAGGUCCUGGACAAUAGCUUCGACUGCGCUUCGUAGUCUGAUGUAGACUGAUAUGAGCAUAAAAGAUGUAUACGCAUACAUAACAGUCACCGGAAUAGAAAUUUUCGACCAACGUAGAUGUGUUUAGAUUUAUGGUUAGAGCGUUUUUGCGAUGGACUCGGGUAGUGGUUUCGGUAGCUCGUUGAACAUUCUCCAAUGUUGCCACCCAGUUCCGCUAUAUCAAUAAAAAUUCUACUAUGUUAUACAGCCGGAACCUGCUCUGGAACCCUUUUUACAAAAUAUUGCUCGAACUCUGCGGAUUCGCUUGCCUUGUGGCCUUUUAUUGGUGGCCAUUGAAGCAUUAGUUUCUGCGGUCUAAUCCACUACACGCCUUCUUUUCGUGGCCAUAUGUGGGUGGUUACUAGUGUCACCUCACGUAUCAGAGUGAAUCGCGUCUGGAAAGCUAAUAGCUUGGAUAGCUUACGGAGGAUGGCAUGUCAUAUUGCGCCGCGUUUCAGUCAAGAUUAGCAGAACAUACCUGCGUUUGGGGGCUUAAAUGCUUCGCAGCGUGGUCGUGGCCUCUAUUUCUCCUAUGUGGAGGGCUGAUUUUCGGUUUGUGACUGCUGCUGGUUGUGAUGUUUGCCUCUAUCAUUAUUUUCCCUAUUUCUGCUCUGAGUGAUCUGAUUUUUUUCAUUCAUUUCCACUUAUGACUCCCUGCUUUUGUUUCUUGUACAGUGUUAAUGAUUUGUCCCAAUAAUUUUCCCUUUGAUUUUCCUCAUGGUCUCCAUUGUUCUCUUAUUGCCAUGAUGGCGUAGCUUGACGUUUUCUUCCUAGCUUUUGUGUUGGUUGCUGCAACCAACACCAAUAAAUUGACAUGUUCAGAGUUCGAGUGCACCGACAUGCAGCAAAAGAAUGAAAGUUAACUUUUUCGAGAAAAUGUUUUCACAAAACAGUAAUAAAAGCAUAUCUUUGCUUUGCCUUGUUCUUUUUGUAUGUAUUUUAAGUCGAAUUUAUGGAUAUAAAGUUGAAUGUUGUCACGGGUUUCGAUUUCACUUGUGAGCAUGUGUGGUUUAUUAUGGUUUACAAAAUUUAAAUCAAUGCUUUUUCCUUGAAUUAUUGAUCGAUUUUGUGGUCAAAUAAAUAUCUGAUAUACAUAAAAGUUCCUUUUAACCAGGUAUAGGUACAGGG